AAAAAAAAAAGGAAGGAAAGAAAAAAGUGGCUGUUCGAUAACUCGCUUAAGAUGCAAGAAAAGAAGCUCAAUUUGUUCACCAAAUAAUAAAGUUUCAAUCUUUUUUCUUUAGGGUUUGGGAGGAUUUCAAUCGGAUCUCUAAAAAGAUGAUAGAUUUCAGUCGAGUCCAGAAAGAGCUUCAAGAUUGCGAGAGAAACCAGGAUUCUUCGGGUAUCCGGGUCUGCCCGAAAGCCGAUAACCUCACCCGACUCACCGGAACCAUCCCUGGUCCAAUCGGUACUCCUUACGAAGGCGGGACUUUUCAGAUCGAUAUCACUAUGCCAGAAGGGUAUCCAUUUGAGCCUCCAAAGAUGCAGUUUUCAACUAAAGUUUGGCACCCGAAUAUUAGUAGCCAAAGCGGAGCAAUAUGCUUGGAUAUCUUGAAAGACCAGUGGAGUCCAGCUCUUACUCUGAAGACUGCUCUUGUUUCAAUCCAGGCUUUACUCUCUGCGCCAGAGCCCAAAGACCCUCAAGAUGCUGUUGUAGCUGAACAGUACAUGAAGAACUACCAAGUGUUUGUAUCAACAGCUCGUUACUGGACCGAAACUUUCGCCAAGAACUCUUCUUUAGAGGAAAAAGUAAGGAAACUCGUGGAGAUGGGUUUUGGAGAUGCUCAGGUUAGGAGUGCAAUUGAAUCAAGUGGUGGAGAUGAGAAUCUGGCUCUGGAAAAGCUCUGUUCUGGGUAGGAUCUAUCAAACAAGGUCUCAUUGUCGCUAGAUAUGAUAUUAAUUUGGAUUAUAACUUUUAUGUGCUACGUUUCUUCUCUUGCCUGCUGAUAAGAGUGAAACUGCUUUUAAAAAAAUUAUUAAAUGCAAUGCUAUAUCCAUAAAGAUCUUAUCUAGUAGAUCAUUGAGCAUGGAGUGUGUGUUAGGUUUAUUCAUGAUUGUUCAAUGUCUUUUGGUUGAUAUAAUUGGUUGGUUUAGAUCGGUUUUCGUCA